UUCUGAGGGAGGAGGGGGCUGGGGACCAGGAUUCCUGGAUCUGAAAGAAGAGAAGACUAGGGACCUGGAGUUUUGGGUCCGAGGGCAGAGGGGGCGAGACGGCAGGAAUCCUGAGUUUGAGGGAGGAGGGGUUUGGGGAUCCGGACCUCUGGGUCUGAGGGAGGACGGGGCUGGGACCAACCUUCCAGGCUUCUGGCUUUCCUGGCAACGCCCCCCAGGGCCGGGCUUCCAGGAUCCAGCCCCUAUUUACCGUUCGACCCCACGACCUCACCGGAUUUUGAGGUGGAUAGAAUCCUGGAGUGAGUGACAGAGGGAGAGACAGUCUCACGCGGAAUGGCAACGGGAACGCGCUAUGCUGGGAAGGUGGUCGUCGUGACCGGGGGCGGGCGCGGCAUCGGAGCCGGGAUCGUUCGAGCCUUCGUGGAAAGCGGUGCCCAAGUGGUUAUCUGUGACAAAGAUGAGUCCGGGGGUCGGGCGCUGGAGCGGGAGCUUCCUGGCACCGUCUUUCUGCUCUGUGAUGUGACUCAGGAGGAAGAUGUGAGGACCCUCAUUUCUGAGACCAUCCACCGUUUCGGCCGCCUGGAUUGUGUAGUCAACAGCGCUGGCUACCAUCCACCUCCGCAGUGGCCCGAGGAGACCUCUGCCCAGGGCUUCCGGCAGCUGCUGGAGCUGAACCUGCUGGGGACGUACACCCUGACCAAGCUCGCCCUCCCUCACUUGCGCAAGAGCCGCGGGAAUGUCAUCAACAUCUCCAGCCUGGUUGGGGCAAUUGGCCAGUCCCAGGCGGUUCCCUAUGUGGCCACCAAGGGGGCAGUAACAGCCACGACCAAAGCCUUGGCCCUGGAUGAGAGUCAAUAUGGUGUCCGUGCCAACUGCAUCUCCCCAGGAAACAUCUGGACCCCACUGUGGGAAGAGCUGGCAGCCUCAACGCCUGACCCCACAGUCACAAUCCGAGAGGGCACGCUGGCCCAGCCCCUGGGCCGCAUGGGCCAGCCAGCGGAGGUGGGGGCUGCCGCUGUUUUCCUGGCCUCCGAAGCCAGCUUCUGCACUGGGAUUGAGCUGCUAGUGACUGGGGGUGCGGAGCUGGGGUAUGGGUGCAAGGCAGGUCGGGGCACCCCCGUGGAGGCCCCCACCAUCCCUUCGUGAUCUCCCACAUUUCCACUUGGGCUUCCCUGACUAGGGCUCUCCCACCCAAAACUCAGUCUCCCAAAUUCCAGUCCUCCCCCCCCCAACUCUAGACAUCAAGCCCACUUACCAAUGUGCCAAACCACCGCACAGGUUCCCUUAAAAGCGCUCUGCAGCCA